AUGGACUGUACGUCUCCGUCGAUGCUCAUCGGCGCCAACUGGCCCAAGGAGGUUUUAGACAAUCCGCUGUCUCUAGACGGCGACUCCUUGUCGCUCUCAGGCGCAGCCGACGCUGAAUUUAGCCACUUAGAUCACCGCAAUGGCAAGCGCAACGUCUACAAGUUCGGCGGCACAUCCGUGGGCAGUCCGUCGAGACUCUGCGGCCUUGUACGCAUCGUCCGCGAGGAGAGAGAUCGCGUCUUGGCCGUCGUAGUGUCUGCAAUGGGCCACACGACCGAUCAUCUACUAGAAGCUGUAGCGUUCGCAGCGAAAGGAGACGCCGACAGCGCCUUGACAGUUGUGGACAAGAUUCAGGCGCAGACGCUUGUGAACGCACAUGAUACACAGAAAGAACUUGAAGUGGCGGACAUUGAGGACAUGACUGAGGUCAUUUUGAACCACUUUAAGCCUCUCCGUGAGCUGCUGUACGGUAUCUGUCUCCUUCAGGAGCAGACAGCAGCAGCGACGGACACGGUGCUGUCAUUUGGCGAACGUAUCAGCGCCAAUAUCGUCGCCAAGCUGCUGAGUAAAUCAGGCGUCGAGGCUUUCUUCCUGGACGCUAGAGACUGGCUAACCACAGACGACACCCAUGGCUGUGCCAAGGUUCUCUUUGACGAGUCCAAGGAGAAGCUACAGCAGUUAUCCGAGCACUGGAAGCCCAAUACUUUACCGGUUAUCACGGGCUUUAUAGGUAGCACCCGAAGUGGUCGUACGACCACAUUGGGACGUAAUGGAUCGGACUACACAGCCACUUUAGUGGGCUCUUCUCUGGGCGCCGACUACGUGUUAAUUAACACCGAUAUCUCGGGUGUUAUGACCGCAGAUCCUUGUAUUGUAGACCGUGCGGUGGCUCUCUCACAUCUAAACCAUCACGAAGCUCUGGAGCUUGCGGUAUACGGCACUCGCAUGUUCCACGCACGCACUAUGGUGCCCCUAAUUAAGGGCGACGUGACGAUGCUUAUCCGCAACACUAUGGACCCGAAAGGCCACGGCACGUACAUCAGCGGUGUCGGACGUUCGGGUACACGAGAGACCUGCACGACGUCUCUGGAGAACCUGGCGAUCAUCGAAGCUCGUACGCGUAUCCUACAGGACGGCAGUACGGACCCUCAUCAACAGGAGAACAUCGGUGCUCGUGUGACCAAAGCUCUCGAAGAACUCAAAAUCCCCGUGUGGCUCUCGAUCCGUGGAGCUCACGGACAAGCCAUCAGUGUCGUGGUGCCUCGUGGUGCUGAGGCCAUCGCCUGUGCUGCUAUCAAUGCCGAGUUGAGUACUGAGAUUGAGUCUCAUGAAGUAGAUCCUCUUAAUUCCGAGUCGCCUGUGACGAUGUUGUCCGUUGUGGCGGAAGAUUUGUCCAAGGUCCCUUAUAACCAGACCAAGUUCUUCGGCGCUCUAGCAGACGCAGGGAUUGAAGUGCUAGCAGUCGGACAGGGGACCAGCUCGCGGUCUUUGAGUUGUGUCAUCCGUGGGGUCGACACGAAGGUGGCAGUGCGUCGUGUACAUGACGCGUUCAACGUCGAUUAUCUCGUCACCAACGUCGUCUUGUUAGGCUGCAACCACAUUACCUUGGGCGUCGUACGUCAGCUCCAGAAACAGCAAGAACUCUACCGAUAUCAACACAAAACGCGCGUCAACAUCGUGGGCUUCGGCUCCAAUUGUUGCGACUUCCUGUACAACCCCAAGGGCUUUACAUUCGAAGAGCUUAUCACCCGUUUACAAGACUGUAAGAGCACUACUACCGUCGUGUCUGCAUCUGUCAGUGUAUCCAGUGCGUACGCUGGCGCUCCGUCGUUAGAGCAGCUGGAUGAGCUUCAAGACUUGGCUAUCCCCAUCCUGAUCGACUGCUCUGGGCAGGGCAACACUCAAGACCUGUACUCGGCGUGUAUCGAACGUGGUAUCCACGUCGUCGCGUCGAACGCACGCUCCGUGUGUCGUCUACCUCCGACCUCGUCACGUGAGAGUGUAGCCACUUCCCGUGCCAAAACUGGCCGCACCUUCUUCAUGUACACUUCAACGAUCGGUGCCAGUCUCCCAGUUAUCGACACACUGGGCAACAUCUUGCGUACAGGCGACCGCGUUCUUGGUAUCGAGACGUCGUUAAGUGGGUCCAUGAACUUCGUCGCUAAUGAGGUCAUGAAGGGCAAGAAACUUUCGGAAGCGGUGGGUCUAGUUCUUCGUAAAGGAUACUGCGAACGGGACCCUCGUGAGGACUUUACCGGUACAGAUAUGGUCGCUAAGGUCGUCGUGUUGGCACGUGCUCUUGGUGUGCACAUUAACCCGAACGCUGUCCAGUUGGAGCCUUUAAUUCCUCAAAGUGUGCUCGAUACGAUCACGUGGUCUAACGACAUGGAAGUGGACGACAUUGUCUCGGGAUUACAAGCUUACGAUGAGGUUUUCCAUGAGAAAUAUUACGCACCGGCUGUAGCAGAGAACAAGCGUCUCCACUAUGUUGCCUCCAUCGAUCUGUCCAAGUUCCCUUCCAUUCAAGCCAAGAUUCAGCCUUUGCUGGUGAGUGAGGACCACCCAGCCUUUUACACUAAGGACAACGAGAUCGCCUUUGGCUUCUCGUCGGUGCAGUACCCCAACUCAUUGGUUCUUAAGGGCUCCGGUACCGGUGCCGCAGCUAGCGCCACCGGUGUCCUUCGUGACGUCCUGACUAUCCUCAACUCGCUGAACGGCAAGAACGUCCACGUCUAA